AUGCCCGAAGAAGCUCUUCUCUUCAACCUUGUCACGACCAACUUCGACCGCCAUGGCGCGAUAGGAGUCGUGGGCGUGCGGCUGUUGGAGCUCGGGGUCCAGAUGCACCUCUGCAAGACCGUUCCGGACGCGACGGUCGAGUUUAUGAUGACCGUCAAGCACGCGCUCUUGGAUCCCGUUGUACACCAGGCCAUCAUGGUGAAGCAGGGCGCAUAUAACGGCCGCGUGCCUCGCGGGAGUCGUCAGCUCGCCCAGGAAAUCACCCGCAUGUUCGAGGCGUACAUCGGCGUGCACUGCAAUGCAUUCGGGCUGGUGCGCUCGCAGACGUUGGUCAAGGACAUCUACCACCUCCCGAUGGUCGCCGCCUGCGAAGCGGUCAGAGUUUGGGAAGCGACUACCAGCGUCAGCCUGCGCGGUGGUUUCAAUUCCGGCGCAGGGUCAGAACAUGUACCUCAACCUGACGCAACGCGAGCUGCGUUGUCCGCACUAUAUAAGACGACGCUUCCCGACGGCUGCCCCGAACUCGCGCAGGAGUUCGCCAGCACACCGGAGGCCCAUCGCCCGGGUAGGAUGGCGCUUGGCAUGGAUGCGCUUCACGCCAUGACUGUUCUCGCCAUCACCAGCUUCUGGGAGGAUAUAGCUCCUCCUCAGCUCUGGCGCAUCGUCUCCGUCAUCCUCAGUCAAGAGUUCCUGCACCACAUCCCGCAUCGCCUUAAUCCACAGCUCGUUCGUUGGCCCAACAAGAAUGACCAUCUCCAUGUACUCUUCUGGUUUGGAUGCCAGGCGUUAGCGGGGCACGAGCAAGCGAUGCGGAACUUCGUCUAUGAGCUCAUCCGGCCUGCGAUUCUGGCGCUGAGAGCGUUCUACUUCCCGCUGUAUCUUCCGAAUGCACGCAUUCCCUUUGACUGGUCCAAUCGGAUCAUCGUCAACCCAGCUAUGCGACACAUGCUGCUUCGCUAUGUCGAGGGGCGCUCCCUCGGCCUCUACGCCGGGCUCAUGCCCGAUUUGCGUGUCAAGACCGUUGUAGAGGAUGCUCAGCGACUCUUGGGGACAGAGACGCAGUAUAUCACAUACGACGACACGAUGGGGCAGAUUGACAAUCCGUCGAAGAUACUUCAAGAAACGGGGAACGUAUACGAGCCGCCGGUCUCGCCUGAGUUCUGCUUGAUCGUCGCGACGGUAUCUGGGUUCCCCACCAGGCCAACCACCGAGAUCGAGACUGCGAUCGAGCAAUUUCUCUGGCUCAACUUCCCGCACAACUUGCAGGCAAUGAUCCUUCGGUUCGGCGCUGUCAACGGCGAGCUUGAUGGCUCUGUUAUCAUGCGCAUCCGCCACGACUGCCUUUAUUCCAUCUUCGAAGGCAACAUGGUUGCUGGUGUCCACACAAUCGGGCGCCUGUCACUCCAACUCGACAGAGAUAUACGCCGUGGGCAGUGCUCGGGCAAACUCUUGAACAUUGUCCAUCGCAGCAUCGAUGCGGGAACCCUCGCGCAGCGCGGCCUCUCCGCCUAUCGUCACCUCCUUCUCGCGCCGCCAGGCCCCCUCCUUCCGAAAGCGGGCGUCAAGAUUCCGAUGCCAAUGUUCUCGAAGGAGGAUCUCAAGGUGCGCUCGCACGGGAUCAGCGGCGUUGGCUACGUGCCGGACGCUGACUGCCCGGUGGUCGACGGCUGCGCGGUUCAGUUCUGGGCGAAGGGAUAUCUCGGUUCGGAUCCAAUGGCGCUCUUCGGGACGGACGAUCGCGCGUGUCUCUGGCCCUACGCGGUGCGCAUGGACGAAGGCGGCUGGACGUGCUCCAUCCUCUUCAACGGCCUCGUCUCCGACACCUUCCUCAACAACCUGAACGUCGUCCUCCCGCGGUUGAACGGCAUCGAGGGCGAGUGGGUUCGAAUGCAUCCUGGCGCGGUGCAGCGUUGGGUGGCUGAGGUUGUGCAGAGGAAGGCGCAGAUGCACCGGUUCGUGGUUGACUGCGGCAAGUCUGGUCGCUAA